AUGGCGGCAAGGUCCUCUUCAAUUGUCCGCCGGGCGUUGCUUUAUGUGCCCUCAUCAUCGGAAAAGAUGCUGACCAAGUCGCUGGGCCUAAAGUCCGACAACGUGACAUAUGAUCUUGAGGAUUCUGUGACACCCUCAUUGAAGUCAGAGGCUCGAGGUCAGCUCCGGUCUUUCCUCUCCAAGCAUAAGUCGAGGCCGUCUUCUAUAGGCGAAUUGGCGGUUCGAAUCAAUGCAGUGGAGACCAAGUUUGCUCUGGACGACUUGACAUCUCUAGGCUCGCUCCCAAAUAUCGAUGCUGUCGUUGUUCCAAAGGUCAACUCCGCUGCCGAUUUGACUUACGUUACCGAUGUUUUGCGUCAUGUAGCCCCCGAACGACACACGGCGACAUCACAAAACCCUAUCAAAAUCAUCGCCUUGAUCGAGUCUGCACGUUCAGUUAUGAACCUUUCAGAAAUCUGCAAAGCGUCGCCAUACCUUAGUGGUCUCGUCUUUGCGGCCGAAGACUUUGCCCUGGAUUUGUCGUUGACUAGAACGCCAUCCCUCACCGAGUUCCUCUACGCACGCUCCGCCAUUGUAACUGCUGCUAAGGCCGCCGGCUUACCUAGUGCGAUCGACCUUGUCUGCACCUCCUACAAGGGAGAAGAAGGCCUCAAGCGACUGGAAGAGGAGUCUACCGGAGGAAAGUCCAUGGGUUUCAAUGGAAAGCAGUGUAUACAUCCAAACCAGGUGGAACUUGUCCAGAAACUGUUUGCCCCUGGCGAAAAGGAGGUCGAGUGGGCAGUGCGUGUUGCAAUCGCAGACGAGAAAGCUAGCAACGCGGGCCGUGGAGCCUGGACGUUGGACGGUAUGAUGAUCGACGCACCGGUGACCGGAAAGGCGAAAGCGAUAAUUGCGAAAGCAGAAAGAUGUGAUAUAGACGUGGCAAGCCUCCGAAUGAAAUGGAAGGACCAGCAGCCUGAGUAG